AUGGAAACAGUCUCAACAUCUAACAUCGAAAUUCUCCAAAGUUUUAAGUCUAAAACUCUACGAGAAAUUGUGAACGCUCCAUGUUCAACGCGCCAAACAAAGCAGCAGGCACAAACCAACUACAGUAUUGCCAACCGCAAAGUUAAACGCAGCGCUAGAGCCGAUAAGCGCAGAUGGCUCGACAAUUUAGCAACAGAAGCCCAAAAAGCAAGCGAAUCACAUAGGCUCAAAGACCUACACAACAUCACUAAAGCUAUGGUGGGACGUAAACACAGGAUUGCAAAGCCAAUAAAAAAUACCAGGGGCGAACUAGUACACUCUACCGAAGAUCAGUUAAAAGUUUGGGAAGAUCACUACAGAAAUCUCCUAGCGGGAAACAACACCUAUCCUCAGCAGGAACUAUGUAGUAGACACCACGAACAUGUUGCUCGCAACGAUAUAAACACAGAUGUACCUAACAUCAGUGAAAUUGAGGCAGCAAUAACUCAGCUUAAAGCAGGUAAGUCCGCUGGUCCGGACAAUAUUGCUCCCGAACUGCUCAAAGCAGACAAAAGUUCAGCUGCUCAAAUUAUUCAACCAAUUGUCAACAACUUCUGGUCCCAAGAGUCAUUACCGCCUAAUCUUAAAGACGGCAUCAUUAUUUAUAUACCAAAGAAAGGUAACCUGAUGGAAUGCUCCAACUGGAGAGGCAUAACUUUACUAAAUGUAGCUUAUAAAGUUAUUGCUCAAAUCUUACAUAAACGUUUAACUUCGGCCGUUGAGCCUACACUACGAGCCGAGCAAGCAGGAUUUAGGCAUAAUCGAUCAUGUGCCGACCACAUAAACAGCCUUCGAAUAAUAGUCGAACAGUCUAGCGAAUGGCGAUCUCCUCUAUACUUGCUGUUUAUCGACUUUAAACGUGCAUUCGAUACACUUCUCCAUACCACGAUCUGGUAUGCAUUAGAGUGUAAAGGUAUACCGAUCUUAGAUGUGGUUAUGUCGGAAGCUAUGAGCACAAAUCAUGGCAUCUCAUUCGGCCUUCAUAACAAACUUACUGACCUCGAUUACGCUGAUGACAUCUGUUUACUAACGCAUAACUUUUCCCAGAUGCAAAUAUCGUUAAACAACAUCGCAAAGCGUGCACUGGCAGCUGGUCUGUCAAUCAAUAUCAACAAAACCAAGUCUAUGCGUCUCAAUUCAAACUGCUUAACGAAGUUUCAACUAGAUGGCUCCUACAUCGAAGAUGUACAAAGUUUCUGCUAUCUGGGAAGCUACAUUUCGAACAACGGCGGCAGUCGGCAAGACAUACAGUACAGGCUAUCGAAAGCGAAGCAAGCGUUUGGAACCCUUAGCAAAAUCUGGCGUUCAUCCAACAUCACACAACGCACUAAGAUACACCUGUACAAUGCAAACGUAAAAUCAACUUUACUAUAUGGUAGUGAGAGUUGGAACCUAACGGCAAGAGACGCACAACAGCUACAAGCCUUUGUCAAUCGUUGUCUACGACGCAUCCUUCAUGUAUUCUGGCCAGCAACCAUAACCAAUAAUGAGCUCUGGUUUAGAACGAAUCAGCCUCUUAUAACUGAUGAAAUAAUGAUGCGCAAAUACAAAUGGCUUGGCCAUACGUUAAGAAAACCCGCUGAUGAUAUCGCAAGAAAUGUCUUAGAUUUCAACCCUCAAGGCAGUAGAAGACCAGGGCGUCUGCGCAACACUUGGAAACGACAAACUGAAGCCGAAUCAAGAAAUGCUGGAAAGAGCUGGAAGUGCAUUGAUGAACUAAAACCUUUGUAUGGCGAUAAAGCAGCAUCCUAUAGCACUGUGAAAAACUGGUUUAAUGAAUUCAAUCGUGGCCGACGCUCGCUCAACGACGUAUUCCGUGAAGGUCGGCCAAAAACGGCCGUUGUGCCAGAGUACAUUGAUGCCGUGGGUGAACUGAUAAUGCAAGAUUGUCAUGUGACAUAG